UUUUACCAAACCCAUGACAGGCAAAAGUCAAUACAAAAACGUAUGAUGUGAUGUGAACAUCUAUGAAAUAAAAUACAAACAAAUUAUUUAAUAAAAAAAUACAAAAUUCUCCGUAUAGCACUGAAAAAUUAGAAAAUUCUUGAAAAAAAAUUGUAAAAUGUAUAAUGGCUUGUGAAGUAUGUGAGCACUGCCAGAGUCCCCUUUGCAGGGAAGAGAGGAUGGUCAUACGUGAAGGAUACAGCUACCACAAGAAGUGCCAUAAAUGCUAUGUGUGCAGUGAGACUGACCUGUCCAACGCAGAAGUAUUUAAAGGUGUUAUAUUCUGCUACGACUGUGCGCAGAGGAUCUUCCAGGGGUGCUCCACUGCUCGUAAGACUAAAACCACGCAUGGUGGUAGGGGGAGAAGAACCACGUCUAAAUCCAAAAGACGAGACAGAAUAAAAGCCCAGGAGAGGAGACUAGAUGGGAGCAGAGAUGGAGUCAUCGAACUAGCUCGACUUGCUGGUUCCAUCACCACCUUGUCUGAUGAUGUAGAGGAGAAAAAAUCUAAGAAGACCAGCCAAGCCGCGAUGACCAUGGAUCCUUUAUAUGGUGAAAGAAAAGUACAUGAAGAGAACUGUUUCUGUGUGCAGCCAGUUGUCCCAUGUCCAAUGCAGAAGUGUAGUACAGAAAUGGGAACCACUACAGAUGUCACCCAAGAGUUGUUAAGGCAGCUCAACUGUGCUGUUCCCAACUGCACGGCUAAACCCAUAACUCCACCGAAACGACAUCAUCGUAGGAGAAAGGAGCACUAUGAACCUGCUAAAACCCAACCCAUUUGCAGUGAUCUUCGUAUAGCUGAGCUUGGGAUCUCAACAGAAAUAGCAAAUAUGGCGUUACGCAAGAAUUCUGAAGUCCCUGUAAUUAUUAGAUCCAACUCUAGGCUAAAAGGACGGUCUCGUAGUCUCGCCGUACUGAAUCAGGAAUCAGAUGUCAUCAUACGUCAUCAUACACAAGAUGAUUCCGACUGGACCGAUCCACCUUAUAGUACUGCGGACGACUCGGUAGCCACAAAAAUCAUGGACAGGCGGCUACGCAGCUUAAUAAAACUGCCAUUGAAGUUUUUCAAAAAUAAUAUCCUGACACGCAGCUCACGAAUCAGUAUUCCAAUCAGUACUGAUCAUUGCAAAAAUAACAAUCUUCGCAGGCGACUAAAACAAAUAAUGUAUGAAGAAGUUACUGAACAUCAAAACCGUGGACUCAAAAGAUUAUAUUCGACUAUUAACAGAAGGAAAACGCCAUAUAAACUUGGAUGGAUCGAUUUAGUUGCAAAAGUAUCAAAAAUUGCAAGAGAUGAAAAAGCUACUAACAGUGUAUGUGUCUGUUCGAAACAAUACGGAUGUAAACACUUCAGGAAUUCUCACAGCUACCGCUGCAUGAGAGCUCAGGUUAUGAAGUUAGCUGGACCUACUCGCAGCCAGUUGGCCUGCUACAGGAAAAAAAUAAAAGGAAUCAUGGCGCUACAGUUUUUGAGAAACAUUCUUAUGAGUAAUAAAGAUUAUCCCGCCAUCAAGUAUUCUCAAGCAUGCGGCAGAUCGGACAUAGAGAAAAAGAGUAAAUAGAUAAUUACAAAAAAAAAUCUUUGAAUAAAAAGAGUGAAUUUUUAUGUCAAUUGUUUUUUUAAAUAAAUUGAUAUGCUCUAAAUAUGUUAUAA